UACGGUGAUUCUUGGAGUCUUACGGUGAUUUUUGAGUGAAAACGGACUCAAUAAACUUCAUUAACAUCAGUAAAGCUUGGGCCAUCAUUCGGGCGGGGUCUGCUACAGGAAGAGCUUGACCUCACCAAUGUCAAUGAAUUCUUUUGGACUGACUCAAAGGUGGUCUUGGGUUACAUCAAUAACGACGCCCGUCGUUUUCAUACGUUUGUAUCCAACAGAGUCCAAAAAAUACGCCAAAGCACAGCACCCAAACAAUGGCUAUACGUCCCAACAGAUGAUAACCCAGCAGACAAUGCUUCAAGAGGAAGAACAAUAAAUGAAUUGCUCUCGUCCAACUGGUUCUCAGGUCCUUCAUUCCUGUGGAAGAAAGAAAUAGAGACCUCAAAUGUUGUACCGGAGCUUCCAAUAGGAGAUCCAGAAGUUAAAAAGAUCCAGACGUUUCAAACAGAAACCACAGAAAGUAAAGAUCUUGUAGACCAUUUGUCAAAGUUCUCAUCUUGGUCUAAUGCUGUCAAAGCUAUUGCACGCCUUGUGAGACGGAUUAAGAAGGAUAAAACUAAUGCGCCAGCUUCUGUAGGUGAACAGGAACAUGCAAAAGGCUUGAUUCUAAAAGGAGUUCAAAAACAAGCAUAUCAGAAAGAAAUGGAUGUCCUGAGUCAAGGAAAACAACUUCCAGGUUAUAAUAAACUUCAUCACCUGGACGCCUUCAUAGACCUUCAUGGUAUGAUCAAGGUGGGAGGAAGACUUAUCCACUCAUCAUGCACUCACUCGUUCAAGCACCCACUGAUCCUUCCUAAAGAUCAUCAUGUAACAAAGUUGAUUAUUGCACACUAUCAUGAAAGUGUAAAGCAUCAAGGAAAGGGUUUCACAAUUAAUGCAAUCAGAUCUUCCGGCUAUUGGAUACCUGGAAUAAACAGAGCUGUCACAUCUUACAUUCGCAACUGUGUACCUUGUAGAAGGUUGAGAAAACCUGUGGAAGGCCAGCGGAUGAGUGAUCUUCCCACAGAACGUGUAGAGCCUUCCCCUCCGUUUGUGUAUUGUGGUAUGGAUUGCUUUGGUCCAUUCAUGACUAAAGAAGGAAGAAAACAGCACAAAAGGUAUGGUCUGCUUCUAACUUGCUUUUGUUCAAGAGCCAUUCAUAUAGAAAUGUUAGAAGAUAUGUCCACAGAUGCUUUCAUCAACAGUUUGCGAUGCUUUAUUGCAAUUCGAGGCACAGUACGGCAGAUCAGAUGUGACCAAGGUACCAAUUUCGUUGGCGCAAAAAACGAACUGAACUCAGCAUUACAGCAGCUUGACCCAGAAAGGCUCACCGCUUUCCUUGCAGAUAAACAGUGUGAUUUUGUAAUGAAUCCCCCUCAUUCCAGUCAUGCAGGUGGUGUAUGGGAGCGUCAAAUCAAAACUGUACGGAGUGUUCUUAAUGCUACAGUUUCCCUCUCAUCAGGCAGGCUUAACGAUGCUUCACUGCGCACUUUAUUUUAUGAAGCCAUGGCGAUAGUCAACAGUCGCCCCCUUACAGUGGAUAACCUGAACGACCCCAAGAGCUUAGAACCACUCACACCUAACCAUCUGAUUACCAUGAAAGCCACCACGGUCCUACCACCACCAGGAAAGUUCAUAAGAGAAGACAUCUACGGGAGAAAGAGAUGGAGACAGGUGCAGUACCUUACUGAACAGUUUUGGAGUAGAUGGAAAAAAGAGUAUCUCCACAACAUUACGGCUAGACAAUGCUGGCAUGCUCCAAAAAGGAAUUUGCAGAUUGGUGAUGUGGUCAUGGAUACAGAUGAGAACCUUCCAAGAAAUGAGUGGAGACUAGGACGGGUCAUAGAUACUGUAACUAGCCAAGAUGGACUAGUAAGGAAAGUCACAAUAGCACUCGGUGACAAAAAACUAAACAAAAAAGGAGAACGGGUAAACAAGGUCUCAGUCGUAGAGAGACCAGCUCAGAAGUUGGUCUUAUUAUUGGAAGCGGAGUGAACAAAUCUUCAAAAGGACUUUGCUUUACACACAUGCACACAAAAUGGUUAUUAUAAGUUAAAAUUACUUAUGUUUGAAAAUUAUGCAUGUCAAAAUAACAUUUAUAAUUUGGUGGGAGUGUAACAGACUUUCUGUGAGUUUAAAUGGGUUUAAGAAAUGCAUUAUCUGUCUUACUAAAGAGGGACUUUUAUUUUGACGGGUGUUGUAGUCUACAGGGAAGGGAAGGGAGAGCACGCAGUUCAAGUUCAUCAGAGUUGUGUCGCAGAUAACGUUUGCAACUUUAAGCACCCCCCGAAAAUGCAUAAGGUCUGUAUAUAUUUGAUAACUGUUUGUUGUAAUGACUGUUUUGUGUAAUUCACUGUAUGUUAAUGAUAGAGGUUUGAACUAGUCUGUAAUUCGCGCUUCUUGUACUUUGUUGGUUUAGCUCUUACGGUGAUUCUUGGAGUCUUACGGUGAUUUUUGAGUGAAAACGGACUCAAUAAACUUCAUUAACAUCAGUAAAGCUUGGGCCAUCAUUCGGGCGGGGUCU